UACAGUAAUCGCAGCACACCCACUGGGUACCAGGGGCUGUACAAAUAUAAACUCUAAUCUUCACAGCAACUCUCUUCAGAUAAGGAAACUCAGGGUCCUACAGCCAGUAAUCCGUGCAACUGGCCCUUCAGACCCAGAGGCAGCCUCUUCCCCCCCAUCAGCUCUGUCCAUCGCACCCUAAAGGCAGAGCCAGCCAGCCGGAGAGAUCAUCCGCCCAGGCUGCGAGGCAAAGGGCCAACAGUGGGCAACCUGACAGUGAGCAAGGAAGGCUGGGAUGGGGGUGUCCACUGACCACACCCAUGAUGCACACACUGGCCCAGCCUCCCAGGGGGAUCUGCAGAGCGGGAUGGUAGCAGGUCAGAGGAGGCUGAAGGACAGGGUGGGGGGUUCUUUGCAAGUGUUCUCCACCCCACCCCCCCAACAGAGACACGCGUUGGGACCUUGGGUCCGCGCUGGGUGCGCCGUGGACCUUUCCACGUUCGGCGGGGGCCGUGUCGCGGUGCCGACCGUCCACUCGGCAAGUGCAGGCGGCAGUGCGUUCACGUGUGGGAGCCCCGUCCGGCCUCCCCGGGGUCGCGGCUCCGCUGGCAAUCAGUGCGCGUCCGCACCUCCCCGCAGCGCGUCCGGGCCCGCGGGAGGUCUGCGCCCCCCGCACAGCCUGCAGGGUUUCCUCCGGCGGCGCGCGGCGGUGCUUCCGCGUGUGCCCGCGGCGUGGCCAGGUCGCGGCGGGCUCCGCGUCCCCGUGCUGUCGCGCCGCGUGCCUGCGCCUUGGCGAGCGGGGCGGCGGGGAUGCGCGCGCGGGGGGCGGGGGGUCGGGGACGCGCGGGGGCGGGCGCGGGCGCGGGCGGGCGGCGCUGCGGGGCCCCGCGGCCGCAGGCUCCAAUGGCGAGGCCGCCGCGGCCCCCGCUAAUUACAUAAGCGGGACGUCAAUAAUUCGCGGGAAAACGCGAAAAAGAUGGCGCCCCGCGCCCGGGGGGCCCCUUCCUGAGCGCCCCGGCCCCUCCCUCCCCCGCCUCCCCCCCUCCUCCCCGCGGCGCCCCCGCCCCGCCCCGCCCCCGCCGAGACCCCGACCCCGGCCCCACGGGCGGACACUCGGCCGGGCAGCCGCGGGCCGCGCGCAGCCGCCUCCGCCGAUGCGCCUGGUGGCCAGACUCCAAGUGGGACCGGCCGACACGCAGGCUCGC